AUGGUCAUCCUUAGACGAGCUGUUGCCUAUCAUCCGGCCCCUAGGCAGCCGGUGGAGGUUUUGCGUACACUGGUUGAGAAGCAUGUCCCCAUGAGUUCCUACAUCGUCGUACAACCGAUCAAUGUUAAAGAGCAAUUCUUAUUCACCAAGUACAGUGAGUUUCAGCUGAAUCUCUCAAAACAACAAAACACACAGCGUACAAGGUACUGGCUGUAUCCCAUGAGACUAAAUGAUGGCUUGGGUUUGUUGGAUUUGGCUAUUGCCCUCAACGAGCGCAUACAUGACACCUUGCAGUCUCUAUUUCAGAAUUCUGACAGCCCCCUUGCAGAAGCUCUGUAUUUAAUCGGACCGGCCCCUGAUGUAAACCGCCGUCACCUGACCAUUCUAGAAAAACUUUACAAGCAUAAACCAGAAUAUCUGGAAAUAAGCUGA